AUGGGUUUAAAAGUUACUAAUUAUUUUGAUAAUUCAAAAUAUGAAACUCCAGAUUUAAAAAUCAUUACUUGUAAAGGUUGUUCAUCUCAUUUAUGUUUAUCAAGUUUAAUUGUAUCUGAUAAUUUCAAUGGUUCAUCUGGUCCUGCUUAUUUAGUUGAUAAUCUUAUUAAUAUUGAAUAUGAUUUAAAUCCUCAAAAAAAGGAAAUGAGAACUGGUUUCUAUUUAGUUGAUGAUAUAAGAUGUCAUCAAUGUAAAUCUAAUUUAGGUUGGUAUUAUAAAAAAUCUUAUACUUUUAGAGAAACUUAUAAAGAAGGUAAAUAUGUUAUUGAACAUUCAUUUAUAAAAUUUAUUGAUAAUAAUACUUCAAAUAAUUUAUUAAUUGAAAAAGCUUUAAAGAAUAAAUUUAGAAGAAGAUUUAGUUCAACUUCAACUUUAAGUUCAGAUGAAUUAGAUUUUAAUAAUAAUUCUUCAUCAUCAACCACAACUACUGCCACCAUUAAUUCUAUUGAUACUCCUUCUUUAAAUCAUCCAUUUGCUGCCAUUACAACUAUUAAUGAUCCAUCAAAUUCAUUUAAUAAACCAUCUCUAAUUCAUUAUUCUCCAACUUCAAAGAUAAUAUCUUAUGAUGAUUCAAUGUCAAAUCAAAAUUCAUUCAGAUUUAUUGAUUCAUCAUCUUCACCAAAGAGAAAAUCAAUUGAUUAUAGAAAUAUAAGUUUAAAUAAUGGUUUAUUCUUAAAUGGGUUAAGAAUACCUGUAUCUACAACUUCAUCAUCUUCAUCAUCAACCGCAGCCCCAAUCACUCCAUCGUCUUCAUCUGUUGAUUAUGGUACAUCGUCAAGUCCUCCUACCCUUGCAACCAUUGCCAUGGCUGCUGCUGCUGCAGCAGCUGCUAAUUCAUCUACCGCCGCAUCACCUUCAUCCACUACCGCAUCCCCUCCGUCUACAAGAAGUUCAAGACCUUCACGUCGUAUUCGUGAUGAAGAAGAUGAUAAUGAUGUAUUUGUUGAUGCAUAA